AAAGUGUCAGCAUUCCUAUAUGAAGCCAUUCACUUGUCUCAAAGAGCAUUAGUUACUGGACGCUCGCAUUUCAAAUAAGCCGGACGAACAAAUAAUUCGCUGAGUUUUUUUCUCUUCAUUUUACAAAAAAUAAAAAAAACAAGUUCUAUCACAAUGGAUUUCUAUUACAUCCCAGGAUCAGCACCAUGCCGUGCAGUUCAAAUGACCGCAAAGGCAGUUGGCGUCGAAUUGAACUUAAAACUCACCAAUUUAAUGGCCGGUGAACAUUUGAAACCGGAAUUCAUCAAGAUUAAUCCACAACAUACCGUACCAACAUUGGUUGAUACCAAAGAGAACCUAAAUCUCUGGGAAUCUCGUGCGAUUAUGGUAUAUUUGGUUGAAAAAUACGGCAAGACCGCAUCAUUGUAUCCAGCUGAUCCAAAAGCUCGCGCUUUGGUCAACCAACGUUUAUAUUUCGAUCUUGGUACAUUGUAUCAACGUCUCGCCGAUUAUUACUAUCCACAAAUUUUUGCUAAAGCACCAGCAAAUCCAGAAAACCUCAAAAAAUUGGAAGAUGCCGUUGGUUUUUUGAACACUUUCUUGGAAGGUCAAACAUAUGCGGCCGGAGAUAAUUUGACCGUUGCCGACAUUUCAUUGGUUGCAACUGUGUCCACUCUUGAUGUAGCUGGAUUUGACCUAUCAAAGUAUCCCAACGUUGUUGCAUGGUACGAAAAAUGCAAAGCCACCACACCUGGAUACGACAUCAACACAGCUGGUCUUGCUGAAUUCAAGAAAUUCUUCAACUAAAACUUUUACAUUCACAUUUGCUUUAUUGAUGUGCACAUUUUUCGGCACCAUAUGCCCAAAUUGCACCACAUACACAUUUUGAAUAAAUUUUGCACCAUACAAUCACAUUACUACUUCUAUAGUUUAAAUACAUCAAAAGAUUUUAAAAUUUUCAAAAAUUGUUCAAUUGUUUGUUUUGAAUAAAAAGCACCAAAAAACACAA